UUCUAUCUACGAAGCCUGUAUCCAGGCGAUGCCCAUUCACUUUCCCCUCCAGCGGAAUGGGACGACGAGAGAGAAGUAAAGAAGCCAUCGACUGAGGAGAGCCGCGCUCGCAUGGAUGACGUGCGACAUCGCCGCCCAUCAACCCCCCCUCGCAUCGAACCACCAUAUCGCCGCAACUCGUCCGAAUCUCGCCGGUUUGAUGAUGGGCGCAUGGAAGACGCACGCCGAGCCGAAGACCAGCGACGAGUAGAGGAGAUGCGCCGCGCGGAUGUCAUGGAUGAGAUUUUGCAUCGGGGACGGGCCAUACUGCAUAGGAGACGGGCCCUGCGGCUGCAUUGGUGGCAGAUGAGCGGCCACCGAGUGCGACUGGGGAUGAUGCGCGGCCUCGGAAGGACGAUAGCGGUCAUUGGCGUGACGCUGCUCGGUCCUGGACCUCAGCCAGGCCCCGUUCCAAAGGAAUACCCCCCUGCGCCCGAGGAAAGGCGAAUGGAGCAUCCCUCCUCUCGCCCGCCCAUCAUCUCCCUUGAGAGGACAUCACGCCGUGCCUUGCCGUGUGCUACUUCCCAAAUUUGGGCUUACUAGCUGGCAGUGCGAUUGGCUUUCCAACUUGAUGGGCAAU